GUGCGAAUCUUCGACUCUUCUGGUAGGCCAUUUGGAAUCUUGGGUAAGGCUAGUGGGGAUUCGGUGUCAGGUCACCGGUUUCACCAGCCUCGCGGGUUAUCCAGCGGCCUGGGAGGUCUGCUGGCUGUAGUCGAUGCCCGUGGCAAACACUGUGUUCAAUUGUUCGACCCACGAGCCAGCCUAGUACGUCCCGUCUCCCACUUGCCAACGCAGACACCAGGCAGAGUCAUGCAUGAAGACGACCAAUGGUCGGACGGAUGGAAUCAAGGAAAGCUGACUGAAAUGGAAUCCGAGACAAAGGGUAGGCAUGAAUGA